CAUGCGUGCAUUUGUUUUUGUCGGUGCAGACAAUCCAAAAGCCAAGCUCUCCCACGCCACGCCCAUGAAAAAUACAUUACUUCAUCUCCAACGCUUCUCUUCUUGUCCUCUUUCUCAUUCAUAGUAUUCACUCUGUCUCUUUCUCUUUACUCUCUACUACUACUGCUACUGCUACUGCUGCCUCUCUUUCUUUUACACUCUCCCUCUUCUCAAUGGCUCAACUGCAACAAUACCACACCAACUUCGACUACGACCCCGCUGGGAUGGAAUUGGAAAUGGAAAUGGAGAGGCAUAGGAAGAGAAGGAAGAAGUGGAAAGAAGAAGUUGUUGAUGUUCCUCUCAGAAGGGACCCUUUGGAGGUGUUUGGUUCGGACAUCAUGUUGAAGAUACUGAGCUACCUCGACGCACGCAGCGUGGCACUCUCUCUCCUCGUCUCACGUGCCUGGCACGCCGUCUCCUCCACCGAUCGUCUCUGGGCUUCCAAGUUGGAGGAACUGUGGCUUGGGAAAGCACACAUACCUCGCCUGUCACAAAUCCGUGGAUUAUCCAAAUUGGCCGCUUAUUCAUUAGCUGUCGUGGAUGGCAAGCGAAACCGCAUCAUGAAGGAAGAUUUGUGUGAUCAUGUCUGGGAGUUUCAUUUUAACAAGGCGGCACCAGACUAUUGGCGAAAUCUUGAUCCUUACUGGAAGGGCACUGGCAGUCCCAUGCGGCGCUACUUCCAUCCAGAUGGGAGCCAAAGUGCCGAUCCUGGUGACAAGGUAUGGGGCGGUCAUGAAUGCUGUUACUUGACUGUUACUAGUAUCGUCGGUGAAGAUAAAAUCAGGGAGCACUAUGUCAGGAUAAACCGAUGGCCACGAAUGUCUGUAUCUAGGAAGCAGGAUUGGAGCUGGGAGUUGUCGAACCACCUUUAUUCCUACUCCAGCAUCCCUGAUGCUGACAAGGAAGGUGGGACUGGGCCACUAUACGAUGUUUAAAUAUGUUUUCGUUUUGUUACACUUGUAAAAAUUAAGUUUUUGGAUUUGCUAGAUAUCUGCCAAAGAGUAUAUACAUGUCUCCAAUAAGUUGUUUGCUAGCGUUGUCUUACAUGGUCUAAGUUCAUAUGUUUUUUUGUACAGAAUGGAUAAAUUUUACCACCUCUUUUGUUGA